UCCCAGGCGGUAGUGGGGGCGGUAGUGCUGUUGCCCUUUUAAGCUGCGGCUUGACGGGAGCAGCGCCUCCUGUCGGUGGAGUCUGUUACAAGGGGAGCAGCCGCCCAGGCCGCCACACAGCUCCCCGCAGAGGCCUCGGUGCCCCUUGCCAUUUUCUAGCCCUACUCCGACUAGAGUGGAGGCAGCGGAGAGAGGCGGAGCCGCGAGAGCGCCGCCUAGAGGUCCCGCGGGUGGUCGCGGCCAUGACAGCGGCUCCCGACCGGCUCACCUUCCGCGCCCCUCCCGCCAGAGUCAGGUUUUCCUUGUUCCCGCGUGUGCGUGUUCAGCCAAUCGUUUUUAAGGAGAAACUAACAAUGAAAACGGACUCGUGGAUGGAGGAAAAGUUGGAAUGCAGCCUCUGGUGCUGUUUGAGCGAUCCCUCUCCCCCGGACCGCUGCUGUGUUCUGGAAAGGCGCAUUGUACCAUGGAUGCAGCAAGUAAGAGUCAUGUCCAGAACAUCGUUCUGAAAGAUAAUGCCGACUCAGAACCUAGGAAACCAUCCAGUGGGUUUCUGCAGCUUAGGUGGUUCAAAUCCUCAUCAGCACCUUUGUUUUCUCUGCCUCAGUUUGCUUACAGUGAUGUUCUCAGUAGCUGUAAUUGCUGUCUGUCUUUGCAUACUUAAGCAUUUUUUUUAGAUGACAGGGAUAUAUGUGCAUUUUUAUUUUACCAAGUGUUAGAAUUUUUACUCUGCUUUUGUGGGCUCUGGGUUAGCUGCUUGGUUGUAAAAUGAUUAGCAGGGAAAGCCGUGUGCCUGUGUGUGUGUACGUGUGUAUUUUAAGUUUCUUUUGUUGUCACAGGACUUCGAAUUUUAUUUUAUAUGGUAAUUCUGCCAAUUUAUUCUCCACCCCACAUUUAUUGAACAGCAAAAUAUGAAAGUAAUGUGUCCCAUAAGCAGCCUUCAGAAGAAUUACAACUGCUGUAUAUCUGAAAUUCUUUUUUUUUCUUUUUUUUUUU